AUGGAACAACAAAAACCUCACUACGACCCUUCUAAUCUCAUUUGGAAUCCUCUUCACACUAUAAACGAGCAACAUCAAUAUUGUUAUUGCGGGAAGGACCGCAGCUUGAUGGAACUCACUCUACAAUGUAAAGAUUGUCGGAAUUGGUUUCAUGCAAGUUGUCUCGAUAUUUCCUUGGGCCCGGUUAUGCUGUUUAUCACUAAUUACAAAUUUCAAUGUAAGAAUUGCAGCGAAAAUGGCGGAGAAUUCUUUGAGCGUACAACGGCCGGCUGGAAAGAAAUUGUCGGUUCUUCCAUAGCCAAUUUAAUACUACAAACCCACAUGCAAGAGUAUGUGGCAACUAGUGGUGAUAAACGAAUUGGUCAAUUCUGUGCACAGAACGUUCCAGAACUCAAACUUGGUUUUCGUGGGAAAAAAUUGCAUUAUAGGUGGGCUACACUGGGCUCCUGUCUUUAUACUAACAAAGAUACAUUUGCAGCUAGAGAUGAGAAAAAUAGAUCUGCCGCUUCUGAUUUUUGUCUUAUAAACCCUAAUUUGUGGGAUAUUCGUUCAGAAUCUUUUACGGGUCAUAAAACAAAUAUAGGAGGGCACAUGUCUAGAAUUUCAAGAGAAUUUUCGAGUAAUUCUAACCUCAGAAAGGAUACAAAUGAUGUUACUACUAUACAAAAAUUUACGGCCACAAAACGUCAAAAUACUGGAUAUCGGACCGCAAAACGAGGCCAAAAUCCAUUAUUAACCCCCUCUGGUGAACAACGUAAUAUUCGAAACGGAUUUAGGUAUAUACCAUGUCAAAAAGAUGAAUUGUUUCCUGUUAUCGGGUAUCGUAAUUCGGAACAAUUUCCUUACGGAGUAAGAUUAAGCAAAGAGGAUGCAAGCUUAUCUGUUUAUAUAAGUGCGGACCAAUUGACGGCUACUACCGAAAAAGGAUUUCGGAUGGCUAGAGCCAAUUGCAGCGUACGUGAAGGAAAAUGGUUUUAUGAAGUUUAUGUCGAUCGAGGUGGUGAAGGCCAAAUAAGAGGAAAGGAUGCUGCUCACGUGAGAAUAGGGUGGGCUAGACGUGAGGGUAACAGAAAUGCUCCUGUUGGAUUUGAUGGAUAUAGUUAUGGUAUUAGAGAUCUCACUGGACAAAAGGUACAUCAAUCGCGCCCAAAAAGUUUCGGUGAACCAUUCAAAACAGGAGACACUAUUGGGUUAUUUAUUUCUCUUCCACCAUUGGAAAAAGUUUAUCCUGGCUAUAAAGUAAAAUCCGCAAAACGCCAUAGAACUGCAAUUACACUAAAAGGUUCUCCCGCGUUCGAAUAUAAAGAUUAUAAACCAACAAAACAAAUGGAUGAUUUACUUAAUCCACCGAAUGGAGUGUGUCAAGGUGUUGCUUUCGAGGAUUUGUAUUCUUUUUUACCUUGUCCUGACGAAUUCACUAGAAAAGACGAGUUGACUGAUGACGAUGGAACUCUUGGUUAUUAUCCGGCAAUCUCAAUGUAUGGUGGUGGUACAUGUACGGUAAAUUUUGGUCCUUACUUUCAAUAUCCGCCACCCGCUGAUCCCGAAGCUGAAACAAUAAAAAAAGUUCGCACAUGGAGACCGAUGUCUGAACGAUAUAGAGAGUUUAUCGCUGAAGAUGUAGUCUAUGAUAUCAUUGACGAAAUUGAGAGUUGGGCUAGAUGGUUAGGAUAUGAACGUGUAGAUAAUAAAAAAUCGUCAGCAGCUGCCACUACAGCUGAUCGAAAGAAAAAACGAAAAAUUGUAAAAGAGAGUAAUUUUGAUGAAGAUUAA